GCGCUAGUAUCGAAGCGAGUGACUGUCUGACAUUGUCUGUCAAACAGAAUCGUGAUUCGUGGAUGCCAAGUGUUUUGUGUUGUGAGUGAAUGUUGAAAAUUGAUGUAAUCUAUCGUUGUCAUGUGGUUAUGUGUGCGUGCUGUUAGAUAAGCGACAGUGUGGUAGGAUUGUUGAAGUGAUCCAACAGUGUGGAAUGGUUCCUGUGAGUUGGCGGUAUCUUGUUGAUUUGUGCGGUUGAGGCGAGUUCAGCACAAUGGGGAAGCUAUUGUCAAAAAUCUUCGGUAACAAGGAGAUGAGAAUAUUGAUGCUGGGCCUCGAUGCAGCCGGAAAGACUACUAUUUUAUAUAAAUUAAAAUUAGGUCAGUCAGUCACAACGAUACCUACGGUCGGUUUCAAUGUGGAAACUGUAACGUAUAAAAACGUCAAAUUCAACGUCUGGGACGUCGGAGGGCAGGACAAAAUACGACCUCUUUGGAGGCAUUAUUACACAGGCACUCAAGGUCUAAUAUUCGUGGUGGACUGCGCGGACAGGGACCGCAUCGACGAGGCCCGUCAGGAACUGCAUCGGAUCAUCAACGACAGAGAAAUGCGUGACGCGAUCAUACUCAUCUUCGCCAAUAAACAGGACUUGCCUGACGCAAUGAAACCCCACGAGAUACAAGAGAAGUUGGGGUUGACGCGUAUCCGAGACCGCAACUGGUACGUGCAGCCGUCGUGCGCGACGUCCGGCGACGGCCUGUACGAGGGGCUCACCUGGCUCACCAGCAACCACAAGUUAUGAGCUGCAGAGUAGGCGGCACUUAGCCGCCACGCCCGCCACGGUGAGGAUGUCGAUGCCAUUUAAUUUAAGUAAGCGCCCGUGUGCCGGAACAAGCAACGUCAUUGUGAAUACCAGUGUUGAUUCUUUAUAAUGGUUAUACAGACAAAACGCUCCAGUGCGCAGUGUACGGUGCGAGAGACUGUCCGUGUGAACACAACCUUAGAUAGCAAGCAAGCGAA